AUGCUCCGUUCAAGCACUUCCACCCUCUGGGCAUUUCUCGUGUUUCCCGUUGUGUCCCUUGCAACACCUGUUGAAAGACGUUGGGAUGACUUCGAGGUCAAACAUGCUUGGAUAGACGUCCCGCGGGGUUGGGUCGUACAUUCCGAGGACGCCGCGCCAGACCAUGUCCUUGAUAUGCGUAUCGGACUUAAGCAGGAUAAGUUCGACAAGCUUGUGGAGGAAUUAUACCAGGUUAGCGAUCCGAGGCAUGAACGAUAUGGGGCGCAUCUGUCAAAGGAGGACGUGGAAGACCUCAUCGCUCCUCACGAAGAUAGCGUGAAUACUGUCGAGGCAUGGCUCACGCACCACGGCAUCUCUCUCGACUCGGUCCAACGUUCGCCAGCAGGAGACUGGCUCACCAUCUCUAUACCAGUCUCUAUGGCUGAACGCAUGCUCUCCGCCAAGUACAGUGUCUUCCACAACCCUUCCACAGAUAGUUAUGUCGUGAGAACCACCUCAUAUUCACUUCCCUCAGCGUUGCAUCCGCACAUCUCUGUGGUCGCACCAACAACGCAUUUCGGUCAGAUGCGCAGGAUGAAGGCUACAAGCUUCUUGCAGCCCGAUGUACCUGCAAUUAGCGAUGAUGAAGCUGCUGCACAGAGUGAUGCGAUUUCAAAACUCAUACCCGGUUCAUUAGCGGUUGUCCCAACGAGCUGUAACACCCAAAUUACCCCUGCAUGCUUGAGAGCAUUAUAUAACACGAGCACGUACGUCCCGCAGGCAACAGAUACGAAUAAACUUGGUGUUGCAGGGUAUUUGGAUGAAUUCGCAAACGAUGCAGAUCUCCAGACUUUCUUCCAGCGCUUCCGCACGGACGCGGUUGGGACGACAUUCGAGCACGUUCAGGUUAAUGGUGGUGGAAACGACCAGAGCGACCCAGGCGUAGAGGCCAAUCUCGACAUUCAAUACACUGAGGGCAUAUCGUUCCCGACGCCGAACGUUUAUUACAGCACCGGUGGCUCUCCUCCUUUCAUCCCGGAUAGCAACACGCCAACGAAUACGAACGAACCGUACCUUGAUUGGCUCAACUUCAUUCUUAGGGUGGACGAUGACGACCUGCCGCAGACGUUUACGACCAGUUACGGGGAUGAUGAACAGACCGUCCCAUUUGAUUUCGCCCAGACUGUCUGUUCGAUGUUUGCGCAGCUUGGUGCGCGUGGCGCAAGCAUCAUGUUCAGUAGUGGUGACUUCGGUGUCGGAGGUGGCGAUUGCACAACGAAUGAUGGUACCAACACGGUGCGAUUUCAGCCGAUCUUUCCCGCCACCUGCCCGUUUGUCACGUCAGUCGGAGGCACAAUCCGAGUGAACCCUGAAACAGCGGUCGACUUCAGCGGUGGAGGCUUCUCCAAUUACUUUGCACGACCCGAUUACCAGGCGGAAGCUGUACCGGCCUUCUUGGAGGCGCUAGGAUCGCAGAAUGCUGGUUUGUUCAAUGCAAGUGGAAGAGGAUUCCCUGAUGUAUCUGCACAGGGCCAGAAUUUCCAGGUCGUGCUUGGUGGUCGCACGAUAUCCGUUGGAGGCACAAGCGCUAGCUCUCCUACAUUCGCCGGGGUGAUUAGUCUACUGAAUGACUUCCGUAUUGCCGCAGGCAAGGCGCCACUUGGUUUCCUCAACCCUCUCCUCUAUUCGACAGGUGUUGCUGGGCUGAACGACAUCACCUCGGGUUCAAACCCAGGCUGCAACACAAAUGGGUUUACUGCUGUUUCUGGAUGGGAUCCUGUCACCGGGCUCGGUACCCCGGACUUCGGCAAGCUGCAAGCGAUUGUCGCGGAUGCAUAA